CACACAUUUAUCAUGAAUUAGAAAUUACAGACAUUUUAUACUCAAAGUUCACUGACAAGCCCAAAUUAUUUCAUAAAAGCUCUAAAUCAAAAAGUUUUUACACAUUAAUUAAAUAAAUAAAAAAGAAUGACUUCAUAGCUUCUUUCAUUUUGUAACGUCACUCCUCAUCCUCUAUAGAAGAUGUUACUGUGUGUUCGUAAGUUUCCUCCUGAGUGGGAGGAGCUUAACGGGAAUAGAAAAUGAAAGUUUGAAUCUGACCUGCUUGUGUAAGACAAUCGCAUCUCAUCACAGAAGGAAGUCACAUCAAAUUCAUUUCAAAGUUUGAAAGAAACAUUUAAACAAUGUAUUUUAUACAUGAGCCUAAUGAAGAAAAACUUCUCACCAAUAAGAUAUCUUGAAGGAAAUGCUUUGAGGAACAGAGAACUAUGGAUUCAGUGGGAGUGAAUGUGAUUGAAACGGCAGCUCUUGGAAGACCCUUCCAGCUCGGCAUGCUGUAUGACUGCAGAAAGGACGAGUUAAUACCAGGGUUCAGACUUUGGAGUAAAGAUCAGCUGCAGCAGAAUAUUUCCACCCAUUCCCAAAUUAAUACAAGAUUCAAUGUCACAGCUUCAGACUCUAUUCAGGACAAAUCUAAAAUACUAAAUAUUGACGGUGGUCUCAAACUGAGUCUUUUAGGUGAUCUCAUCCAUGUUAGUGGAGCAGCAAAAUAUCUCAAAGACACCAAGACGUCUUUCAAACAGCAGAGACUGACGCUACAUUAUCAUUCAACCAGCAGGUUUGAAGAACUGACCAUGAAUCAUUUGCCUUCUGGAAAUACUGCUGAGGAUGAUGAUACAGCAACACAUGUUGUGACAGCAGUACUGUAUGGAGCAGAUGCCUGCUUUGUGUUUGAUAGGGAGGUUACCUCAGAUGAGGACAAAAAAACAGUAAAAGGAGAGGUAAAAGUGGCUCUUGAGAAACUGCAGGGCGUCGUUUCAAUAGAUGCAAACGCUGAUCUAAGUGUGAAUCACAAUCAGAAAACUGCAGUCCAAAAAUUCAUUUGUACAUUUUAUGGUGACUUCCAGCUACCAUCUAACCCAACCUCUUUUGAAGAUGCAUUGAAGGUUUUUGCUGAUCUUCCAAAACUGCUGAAAGAAAACCAAGAGCUGGCGGUUCCACUGAGAGUUUGGCUUUAUCCUUUGGACAAACUUUACUCAAGACCUUCAAAACUUCAUAGAGACAUCAGCAUGGAUCUAACCAUGGAGAUUGAAUCAGUGAUUGAGAGUUUAAAUACAACAGAGAUGAAAUGCAGUGACCUUCUGAAAGACUCUCCUGCUCUGACAUUUGCUGCAUUUCAUGAUAAAAUUCUACAAAUGAAGCACAACUGCUAUAAAUACAAGUUGAGACUCGUGAAGACACUCGGCUCUCUGCUGCCAAACAUCCGUGGAGACAUGAUAAAGGAAACUGCACUGAAUGAUCUUCUACAAGAACAUGAUGAAUCUCCAUUCAGAGGACAUGACCUUGCAGAAUGGCUAAAAGAGAGAGAAAAAGAGUCUAAUAUCAUUAAAUCAGUCCUCAGACAGCUGAAGGAUGCUGGUGCACAGGUAGAAGUCAACCUAGAUUCCAUCUUAAUGGAUCUGGAAGUUGGAUGUAUAGUUAGCUACACUUUCACAUCACUGGACUUUAACAUUUCACAUCGGACAGAUGUGCUCCUUAAACAAAAGGCAUAUCUGAGUUCUUCAACAAAAGGAGAAACUAAUGAGAAGAGCACUGAUUCAAAGCAAAUGUCUUGGCUCACUACUGAGAUCCAACAGGCCAUGAGAAGCAACUUAAAUAUAUUUAAGAACUUGAUUGAUUCAAAAGACCGUGAACCAGCCAAGUUUAUUGUUUCCUCAAAGGAAAUGGAGAAUAAUCCAGGUUCUUGCAUUCUCCUGUAUGAAAAUGGAUGUAAUGAAGCUGUUUGCUUCACCUCUCCAUCCAAACCAGCCUGUCCAAUCACUGAAGAGGUCAAAGGUGAUGGUGUGAUUUUGAAGGUUCCUCCAUCAUGUCCUGCUACAGUGGAGCUCAGAUUACUGUAUAAACCAAAGCAGGACACAGACUGGACAUCUGAACCUGUGCUGAAGGAUCAACACACAGUUACUCUGACUGAUCUGAGAGAAGAAACUGAGUAUGAGAUCAAAUGUGCAGCAGUGGGGAAACUCAACUACACCGUAGACAGUGACGUGAUCCAUCUAAGGGUCAUUGAGAAGAAGAUCAUCAUGGCAACAGAUUCUGUCAUUGAAAAUCUGAAUUUCACUGAAAACAAGUGCAGUAAACUUUUGCAAGACACCAGGACAAAUGCAUUUAGUGCAUGUCACAAGAAGAUUGAAGAUAUGAGGAGGUACUGCCAAAUGUACAGACAAGAUUUCGAUAAGACAAUGAAUUCACUGAUCCUGUCAGUUAAAGCCUGUGAAGAAGAAACUUGUGCUUUGACCAAUCUUCUACAAGCUCACGAGGAGUCUCCAUUUAACACACAUGAUCUUAAGGAGUGGAUUAGAGAGAAAGAGAAAGAAUUAAACACAGUUGGGGAGUUUCUUCAACAAUUACUGGACUUUGGAGCUGAGGUGAAUACAAGCUUAGAUGCAGUUUUGUCAGAUAUUAAGGUGGAGAAUGUGGUUUGCUACAUGUUUAGUUCUCUUGAGCAGCCAGACAAGUUGCUCUCUGAACAAGAAAAUUACUUGAAAUCUCAAACAACGUGGAAGAAUCCAGGAACAUCUCCUCAUGCAUUUACAUGGCUCACUGGAAACAACAGGGGAAAAAUGAGAAAACAUUUAAUAAUGUUUAAGGAGCUGAUGACGUCACACGGCAGUCAAUCCACAAAAUUUAUCGUCUCCUCAAAGGAAAUGGGGAAUAAUCCUGGUUCCUGCAUUCUCCUGUAUGAGCAUGGAUGUGAUGAAGCUAUUUGCUUUACUCCUCCAUCACAGCCAGCCUGUCCAAUCAUUGAAGAGGUCAAAGGUGACACUGUGGUUCUGAAAGUUCCUCCAUCAUGUCCUGCUACAGUGAAACUUGUAUUACUGUAUAAACCAAAGCAAGACACAGUCUGGAGAUCUGAACCUGUGCUGAAAGAUCAACACACAGUUACUCUGACUGAUCUGAGAGAAGAAACUGAGUAUGAGAUCAAAUGUGCAGCGGUGGGGAAACUCAACUACAUCGUAGACAGUGACGUGAUCAGAGUCAUCACAAAGCAAAGUACAAGGAACCAAAGAGUUAAGGGUGUAAACAGAGAGGAGAGAGAGGAAUUUGAAAAAGAGGAGGAGAUGAAGAAGAAGAAGAUCUGUGUUGAAACAGAAGAUUCAGUUCAGCAAAGUACAAGGAACCAAAGAGUUAAGGGUGUAAACAGAGAGGAGAGAGAGGAAUUUGAAAAAGAGGAGGAGGAGAUGAAGAAGAAGAAGAUCUAUGUUGAAACAGAAGAUUCAGUUCAGGGAGAAAAAAAGGACUUUGGAAUAGCAGAAGUCAGAGCAGAUCAACACUUACAACAGGAAGACACUGAAAAAAUGGAAAAUCUGUUUCACAAACUUCAUCUUGAAGCCAAGUGUCACAAUAAACUGAAAGUCAAUGAUGUUCUUCAGUUAACUUCACAUUCAUUCAAAUCAAGUGUUUCUUGUUCUGAAGAGAUGAUUCAGACUUUCAUACAAAAACUACUGUUGAUGAACUACAGAGCAAGAUACAUCAUUGUUAAAGAGAACAAUGAAGAAGAUCGCACUCAACAAAAAAACAAGUCAUCUGAAGAUGAGAGUGAUAUUUUUCAUGAAAUACCUUUGUCUAACAAAGGAACAAGCCAAUCUGAGCAAAUUCACCCGAUGGAUGUUCAGAUGGCUGUGUUUCAUUGUGCUGAUGGUUUCCUGAAGCAGCUGAUGGUCACUAAACUGUCCCAGUGUCAGUACGCUCUGCCUCUGCUUGUUCCUGAUCCAUUCACACAACAGAUUGAGUUUCCUCUCUGGACAUUCAGACAAAUCAACAAGAGCUGGAAGAUCAGAAACACCAACAAUGAAAUCAUCAGUCAAACCCAGCUGAUCUACAAGGCAGAAACUCCAAUGGUGUUUUUCUUCAGGUUUGGCUCUGUGUCUUCAUCCAAGUCUCAGCUGAUGAACAGUCUGAUCAAUGAGAAACACAACACGUUCUUCCACAGGAACUGCCCAGGCAGCAGCAGCACCAGAGUCCUGAUGGAUGGAGUGGUGGAGAUCGCCUGGUUCUGCCCCUCUGGAUCAUCUUAUGAUAAAUUCACUGACUGUGUUGCGUUCUGUAAUCUACACGGUGAUGCAGGAGACCAUGAGAAACAGCUGCAGAUACUCACUGAAAUGGCCUCAGUCAAUGUUGUUCUUCUACAACAACUGGACAGAAAUGACAAAAGUGCUGCAAUAAUACAAAACAUGUACAGGAACAGAAAGCCAUUUAUUUGUCUUUUUUCUGAGGAUGAUCCGGCUGUAAUUGAUACGAAGAAAGGGACAUUCAAAAUCAGUUUUAAAGACAGAAAUCAGUCAGAUGUAUCUGAAGAUCUCAGAGCAGCUAUAAAUGAUUGUCUCUCAGAAUCAUCUUCCACUUUCAGACUUGAAGAUGUGUCCAAACACUCAGACAUCAGAGUAGAUGAGGAAGAUGAUGAAGACUGCAGGAGAGGAAGAGAAGCAGCACAGCAGAUGAUGAGUUUACUGGAGAAGAAAGAUCUGACAGAAAUCAAAGAAUCAUUUCUGCCUCAUCAGGGGAAACUGUGGCAUCAGUGGAGUCAGAAAAACAAAGAACUACAUCGACCUAAAGCAUAUGAGACAGAAAUGGACAUUAGUAGAAAGAAAACAGAGAUGAAGAAAAUACGCAAACAGCAGUAUGAAUCUGACAUCAGUGAGUUUAUAAAACACUUCAUAAAACAAAUGAACUCACAUGCUGAACAUGAGAAAUUGUUUUUCAUCAAAUGGCUUGGAAUCCUGCUGGAUAAAUAUAUCUCAGCUGACCUAUAUUCUCUACAUCAGAAGUAUAAUGAAAAAUGGUCAGCAGUCUUAAAACUGAAAGAGAAUCAUGAUGAAUCUGAACAACUGACAGUUGAAGAAACUGAACUUGAGAGAAUAUCUGAAGAUCUUCAAACUGCAGCCUUUGGUUUGGAGCACAUCAUGAGGGAGAUCGGUCAGAUCUAUGAAUCAUGUUCAUCUGUGAAGAAGAACAAGAAAGACCUGCAGUUUGACUUCUCUUCUCUCCCGAGUCUUGCAGCAGAGAUGAUUAUCUCUGGAUUUCCAUUGGAGCUGAUGGAUGGAGAUGCUGCUCAUGUUCCUGUGGUCUGGAUCUCUGCUGUUCUAGAUGAACUCAUCCAGAAACUGGGAGACCAGAGAGUCUUUGUGCUGUCAGUUUUAGGGCUUCAGAGCUCUGGGAAAUCCACCAUGCUGAAUGCCAUGUUUGGACUCCAGUUUGCCGUCAGUGCUGGCAGGUGCACCAGAGGAGCUUUCAUGCAGCUGGUCAGAGUGUCAGAUGAGAUGAAAACACAGAUGAACUUUGACUAUAUUCUGGUUGUUGAUACUGAGGGUCUUCAUGCUCUUGAACUUGCUGGAAGAUCAACAAGACAUCAUGACAAUGAAUUGGCCACAUUUUUUGUUGGUCUUGGAAAUCUGACAUUGAUCAACAUCUUUGGAGAAAACCCAGCUGAGAUGCAAGACAUUCUUCAGAUUGUUGUUCAGGCCUUCAUGAGGAUGAAGAAGGUCAAACUGAAUCCCAGCUGUGUGUUUGUGCAUCAGAACGUCUCAGACGUCACAGAUGAAGAGAAAAACAUGGAGGGAAGGAAGCGACUGCAGGAGAAACUGGAUGAGAUGACAAAACUCACUGCUAAAGAGGAGGACUGUGAUGCAAAAUGUUUCAGUGAUGUCAUUGAAUUUGAUGUUCAGAAUGAUGUGAAAUAUUUUGCUCAGUUCUGGGAGGGAAACCCACCGAUGGCACCACCAAACCCAAACUACUGUGAGAAUAUUCAAGAUCUGAAGGAAACUAUUAUAUCUCAUGCCUCAAAGUUACAUGGACUGAUGCUGAUAGACUUAAAAGUUUGUAUUAAAGAUCUCUGGGAGGCUUUACUGAAUAAACGAUUCGUCUUCAGCCUCAGGAAUUCUCUGGAGAUUUCAGCAUACAGGAAACUGGAGACCGAAUACAGCAUGUGGUCCUGGAGGCUUCGCAGUGCCAUGAUGGAAACUGAGAACAAACUACACAACAAAAUAGAAAAUGAAGCAAUUCAUGAGGUUGAUGAAGCUGAUCUUCAGAGAGAAUUGAAGAAGACAAGUGAAGAAGUUGAGAAAUCAAUGUCUGAAUUCUUUGAGAAAGACAUAUAUGCUGAUAUACUGAUUCAGUGGAAAACAUCAUUUGAAAUCAAAAUCAAUGAGCUUCAGGAAACCAUUGUGAGAGAAACAAAAAUUAAAUUAAAUGAGAUUCUUCAGCAGCGAGACCUGAAGAAAAUUAUUGAUGCUCAGAGGACACUUCAUGAAAACACUCUCUAUGAAAAGAGCAAAGAACUUGCCUUAAAACUCAAAGACAAAACAACUGAUGAAGAAACACUGAAGAACGUGUUUGAUUUGUUUUGGGAACAGAGUGUGGAUAUGAUCAUCAGAGACACUCCUGUAAUCACAGACACUGACAUAAUGAGAGAUGUGAAAGAGAUCCUCCGUGACAUGUAUGAAAAUGCGCCUGUAGGAGAGAGGAAGAUGAAGAUGAAGGGUAUUUUCCGUGUGAAUAGUUAUGCAGAUUAUGUACAGUUAAAGAAAACCAGUGGAUCUACAGGAUCUUUCACAAAUGUCUACAGAUCAGCUAAAGAUAUGUUUGGUUACAGUCUCUCUAAAGAGGAGGAAACCCAAAUAAGAUCAUUAGUCACAGAUGUUGCUCAGCAGACAGACAAAAUGAUUCAGUCAUUUAACAUUUCAAAGAUGGGCUACAACAUCAGCUACAUUCAACAACUCACAGGUUACAUCAAGAGGAGAGUAACAGAACAUCAGGAAGGAUCUGUGAAUUAUGAGUUUGAGAAAACAUUCUUCAUGGAUUUGGUUUAUUCCAUCUGUAAGAAGGCAAAAAAGAUGAUCACUGACCAACACAGACUGUUCAGGAAAGCAAAAUUUGUUAAGAAGAAGAGAGAAGAAUACUACAGUAUUUUCCAGAAAUACUGUCAUGGAGCUGCAUCAGCUGCCAUUUUUGGUGGGAUCAUCUGUCAGAAACUGAAAGAGCCCAUUGAGCAGAGUGUCUACAAGAAGACUGCCAGAGAUCUGACUGAUGAAAUCAGAUCAAACUGUGAAUCACUGAAUGGAAACAGAUCAAAUCUGGAGAAACGCAUCCUGAAGACACUGGCAGAAGAGGAAGAUUUCGACAAAUACAUGAACUACAUUGAUAGUCCCAAAGAUCACUUCAAGAGUUUCAUCGGAGAUGAAGUCAGUCAGUACAUCACUGAUAAGUUCUUUGUCAAUGUUUUACCCAAGAUGAAGGAGAACAUUAAACUCCUGCAGCAGAAGAUCAUGAAAGCAGCACAUGAAUCUACUGAACAUGUUCAAGUGAACAGAGGAGAUGUUGAUUUGUGGUUGAAGAGUUUCACACAGAAGCUCUCAGAUGUGCUGAUCUUCUCUGAAGAAGACCUCAGUGGAGUGAAACAUGAUGAUGUUGAUGAUUUCAACCUCCUAGAAGAUGUGAUAAGAAAAGAACUUCCUGCUGUAAUGUCUGACAUCAGCAGUAGAUUUGACAAUAGGACUUUACUAGUAAAUCUGGACCAUAAGUUCAGACCAGAUGAGCUUCUGAUUGAUCACUUCUGUCAGUGUUGUUGGGUUCAGUGUCCAUUCUGUAGAGCCACCUGCACCAACAACAUAGAAAACCAUGAUGGAGAUCACAGUGUUCCUUUCCAUAGAGUGAGGGGAAUUAAUGGCACACAUUACCGUUCCACAAAGAAUCUCUGUGCUGAUAUUUGUACAAAUUUAGUGGCAAGUGAUCAGUAUUUUUAUACACCAGAUGUAAGGUUUCCAUAUAGAAAUUACAGAAGAGCAGGAGGAGUUUAUGCAGACUGGAGCAUCACCUCUGACCUCUCUGAACUGCCCUACUGGAAGUGGUUUGUGUGCAGAUUCAAGAAAGAUCUGAAAAAAUACUACAGUAAAAGAUUUAAGGCAAGUGGUAAGAUCCCAGAUGAAUGGAGAAAAUACUCGAAAAAGGAAGCUAUUAAGAGUUUGGAUCAGUAUAUCUAAUGGCGCAGAUAAAGAGUAAGACCCUUACAUCUCCUUUAAGAUUCUCUUCAUAUCACAGUCAGAAAUGAGUUUCUAUUACAUUCAUCAGUGUGACUCUUCAGCUUAUCUACACCUUCAUCAAAUACACUAGAAGAGGAUUAAAACCACAAUAAGUUCAAAAGGGUUUCCUGUGUAACUGGCAAGAAUGCAGUUACCAAAGGUGCACUUUGCUCUCGAGUGUCUGCAAGAAAUCUUUUUGACACCAAAAAUGUGCCAAAUAGGUCUUAAAAUAUCUUAAACAUUUUGCAAAUAUGGAAGGUACAUUCCAGAACCUUCUAAUCACGUAGGUACAACCUAUGUCUAUUUUUUUCCCAUGUGUAGCAGAACUUAAGACUUUCUGUAUAGACCUUACUUCCUUACCUUACUUAUUUUUUACUAUACUUCACAUUUCAUCAUUUUGAUACAGUAUUAUAUUUAGAUGGACUUAGUCAUAUUUUAAAAUUAGUAUUUAGAUUCAUGCAUUUAAGUUUAUUUGUUACUGAACCUUUUAUUUUUACUUAAUUCAGUUGUUUUUACAUUAUUUUAUUUUAUUCUUUUCAGACUUAAUUGUUAUUCUCAAUUUACUUUAGUUUAUUAAAAUAUGCUUUUUCCUUAUAUUCCAGUUUGCUUCUGUCAUCAUUUAAAGGCAGGGUAGGUAAAAAAAUGUAUAAAAAACUUUUUUUUUCAAAAUUUGUUUAAACUUUAUUUAUAUAUCAAUACAUAUUUAAAAUGUAAGUA